AUGUUGGCAAUUUCUCCUCAAUAUUUUCCAUAUGGAUGGGCUAUGAAUGAUGAAGAAAACUUGAGCUAUUUUUGCAGAGAGAGAAGUGAGACCUCAGGAGGUAAUUCCAAUGAUCUCCAAUCUCCCUCACUCAAAAAUGGAGAUGGAGAUGGAGAUGGAGAUAAGAAGGUGAAGAAACUCAACCACAAUGCAAGCGAGCGUGAUCGCCGCAAGAAGAUGAACACUUUGUAUGCCAACCUUCGCUCUCUCCUCCCUCAUCAAGAUCACUCUAAAAAGUUGAGUAUUCCGUCCACGAUUUCGAGGGUGCUGAAAUACAUACCUGAGCUGCAGAGAGAGGUGGAGAGAUUGAGCGAGAGGAAGGAGAGAUUCAUCUCAAGCUCAUCUCUUGAAUUCAAGAAACGAAGCCCUAAUUAUAAUUCAGCAGCGGCAGCUUCGGCAACUCGAAUCACCGACGCUGAAGUCGUUAUUCAGACAUCGAUGCCCAAAUCAGACAAGUGCUCGCUGUCUGAAGCAAUCUUGAGAUUGGAGGAACAAGGUUGUGUGGUGGUCAAUGCUUCUUGUUUUGAGUCAUUUCAAGGCAGGCUUUUCUACAAUCUUCAUUUUCAGGCACAAAAUGGUCAAGUGAUAGACGCUCAAGAGUUGAAGGAGAAAGUGUGGCCUUUGAUGUAGCUAGGAUAUCAAUUAAUCUCAUGUUUUAUUUCAUUCUUGUAAAGUAGGGUUAUUACAUUAAUGAAAUACAACAUGGUGGUGGAGAGUGUACUAACUUUCA